UUUUCAUUUCGUUAUAUCCAAUCAAAUAUGAGAAUGUUAUGAACACAAGUUAUUUGAAAAUAAUUUAAAUUUUAAGUAAACUUAGUUAAAAUAUUACACAUUAAUACUUAAAAAAUAAAGUUUUUACAUUGAAACAUCGUCAAAACAUAAAAUUAUUGACCUUUUUAUAAUACUUUGCAGCUACAAUGUAAGUAGGUACAGAUGUUCCUACGACGUAGACAAUAGAUAACUAAUUGAGUUUUCAUUUACCUUCACAUAUAUUGGUGAUGGAUGAACCAAUAUCAUCGUCGGAAAAAUCGAAGAAGAUUAAUGUUAUAAGUAAACAAACAAUUCAUCAAAUUUGUUCUGGUCAGGUAAUAUUUGAUCUUGCAACUGCUGUGAAAGAACUGGUAGAAAAUAGUUUAGAUAGUGGUGCUACAUUAAUUGAUAUUAAAUUGAAAGAUUAUGGAAAGACAUGUAUCAGCGUCAGUGAUAAUGGAACUGGUGUUUUAGAACAAGAUUUUGAAGGAUUAGGACUGAAGCAUUAUACUUCUAAACUUCGAGAAUUCUCAGAUUUAACAGAAGUGAGCACGUUUGGAUUUCGGGGAGAAGCUCUUAGUUCACUUUGUUCUUUAGCUGACUUAUGUAUUGUUACAAGACAUUCUACAAGCGAACAUGGUUUUAAAUUACAAUUUGAUCACAAUGGUGCGCUGCAAAAAAAAGAACCAUGUGCAAGAGAAAUAGGAACUACUGUGCAUAUAAAAAAUAUAUUUAAGUGCCUUUCUGUUAGAGCAAAAGAAUUUCAAAGAAAUCUUAAAAAGGAAUAUAUUCGAGCUAUUCAAGUACUAUAUAGCUAUUGCUUAGUUUCUACUAAUACAAAAAUAACAUGCUCCAAUUGUGUAUCAGACAAAUCCCCUAAUCUUGUAAUUAAUACUGUUAGUCCCAGUAAUAUUUUAAGCAAUAUUAAUUUAAUAUUUGGCAAAAAAUCUUCAAAUGGACUUAUUAAAAUUGAACUGUUACCUCCUGAUGAAGCAACAUUGCAAGAAUAUAACUUAUCAAGUAAUGUAAUUGUGGAUUUUGAAUGGGAUUGUUAUAUUAGCAGCUGUGAUCAUGAUGUUGGACGUUCUGCUCCUGAUAGACAAUUUUUUUAUGUAAAUGGUCGACCAUGUGAUCUGACAAAAGUCAGUAAAUUAAUAAAUCAAAUUUAUCAUAAAUAUAAUAAUAAACAAUAUCCAUUUAUUUUUUUAAAUUUGAAGUUAAAUAAAAACUCAACUGAUAUUAAUGUAACUCCAAAUAAGAGAAUCAUCUUCUGUACACAAGAAAAUUUAAUUUUAGCAACUUUAAAAUAUAAUUUAUCAUCUAGAUGGGACAAAUUACAAGGAAAUUUGACUGCAAACCCUGUAUCAGAAUUAAGUUUUGGUGUAAAAAGAACAAUUUCACCUACAAAUGCUGAUCGACCAAUCAAAAGAUUUCACAAUUUAAAUACAAUAUCAAAAAUAGAACAUAUAGAAAAACAAAAUAUGCAACACAUUAAUGAAAAUAAAACUAUUCAAUAUGAUAAUGACAAUGAUAAUGUACAAAAUAAUGUAACAAAUAAAACAAAAAUAUUAGAUACUGUACAAAUGCCAAUUAGCAUUCUGGCAAUAAAACAACAACUUCAAGAAAAGCAAAAUCUUUUAUCGAAAUGUGUGAUUUCAAGUACAAGGAUCAAGUUUAAGGCACAGAUGGAUCACAAUUCAAAUGCUGAAAAUGAAUUAAGAAAACAAUUAACAAAAGAUUCUUUUUUCGAGAUGGAAAUUAUAGGUCAGUUUAAUCUUGGUUUUAUAAUAACACGUUUGAAGGAAGAUCUUUUCAUUAUUGAUCAACAUGCUACCGAUGAAAAAUAUCGUUUUGAGAAGCUUAAUAAUGAAACUCAAUUACGAACCCAAAAAUUAAUUAUUCCUAAAUUUUUAAAUAUUUCUCCACUUAAUGAGACAAUAUUAAUUGAACAUCAAAAAACAUUUGAAGAUAAUGGUUUUUUUUUUAAAAUAGAUUCUGAAGGUGAACAAAAUAAAUUAAAAAAUGUUUUAAUUGUCAUAAGUGAAUCUGGUCAUCGUGUGCAACUCACAGGUAUACCAGUAAGUGGUCAUUGGCAAUUUGGACAGGAUGACAUCGAAGAAUUGAUUUUUCUUAUUAGAGAAGGUGGUAUAGAAAACCAAAAAAAUAGUACAUUUCGUCCAAGUCGAGUAAGACAAAUGCUGGCAUCAAAAGCCUGUCGCAAGGCAGUUAUGAUAGGUACGGCUCUUAAUAACAAUGACAUGCAUAAAUUAAUUACUCAAAUGGCAGAAAUGGAAAAUCCUUGGAAUUGCCCUCAUGGUAGACCGACAAUAAGACAUCUGUUAUCAUUGAAUCUUAUAUAUAAAUAAAUUAUAUUUUAUAUUCUAUGUAUUAUAUGUAUGUGUAUAUGAAAUAAAAUGAAAUAUAUAUAUACAUAUA